AUGUCUGAAGUAGACGAAAACAUAUCCAAAUUAAGCCAUGAAGAACGAAUGGUUUCCACAGUUGCUGAAAUUAUUCAGAAAUUGUUGAUUGCGCAAAAGGAAAACAGAGAUGUAAACUUAAAUAAGUUAAAAUCUCAAAUAUCAUCAAAAUAUGGACUGAAAUCAUCUCCUCGACUCGUUGAUAUUAUUUCAGCUGUUCCCAAUGAUGCCAAAAAAUUAUUGUAUCCAAAGUUAAAAGCAAAACCUGUUAGAACAGCUAGUGGAGUAGCAAUUGUUGCAGUUAUGUGUAAGCCACAUCGUUGUCCUCACAUAAAUAUGACUGGAAAUAUAUGUGUAUACUGUCCUGGUGGUCCAGAUUCCGAUUUUGAAUAUUCUACACAGUCAUAUACUGGUUACGAACCUACUUCAAUGAGAGCUAUUCGAGCACAUUAUAAUCCAUAUGUUCAAACCCGCCAUAGAGUUGAACAGCUUAAACAAUUAGGCCAUAAUGUUGAUAAGGUUGAGUUCAUAGUAAUGGGAGGUACAUUCAUGAGUUUACCCGAAGACUACCGGGAUUAUUUCAUCAGGAACUUGCAUGAUGCUUUAUCGGGUCAUACCAGCUCUAAUGUUCGAGAAGCUGUCAAAUACUCGGAAAGAAGUAAUGUAAAAUGUAUUGGCAUUACAAUUGAAACUCGACCAGAUUAUUGUUUGAAUAGACAUUUGACUGACAUGUUAAACUAUGGUUGUACACGAUUAGAGAUUGGUGUUCAAUCUGUGUUUGAAGAUGUUGCACGAGACACUAACAGAGGUCAUACAGUUAAAGCAGUGUGUGAAACAUUUACUCUUGCUAAAGAUUGUGGUUUUAAAAUUGUAUCACAUAUGAUGCCUGAUUUACCUAAUGUAGAUCUAGAAAGAGACCUUCAACAGUUCAAGGAAUUUUUUGAAAAUCCAGCUUUUCGAGUUGAUGGUUUAAAAAUUUACCCUACUCUUGUAAUGAGAGGCACUGGUUUAUAUGAGCUGUGGCGUAGUGGACGAUACCGGAGUUAUUCACCAUCCGAAUUAGUAGAUUUAAUUGCCCACAUAUUAAGUCUUAUUCCUCCGUGGACGCGUGUGUAUAGAGUUCAAAGAGAUAUUCCAAUGCCAUUAGUUACUUCUGGAGUUGAACAUGGGAAUUUACGAGAACUGGCCUUAGCAAGAAUGAAAGAUCUUAACUUACAAUGUCGUGAUGUUCGAACUAGGGAAGUUGGAAUUCAAGAAAUACAUAAUAAAAUUCGCCCAUUUGAAAUUGAAUUGAUACGCAGAGAUUAUGUUGCAAAUAAUGGGUGGGAAACAUUUUUAUCAUACGAAGACCCUGAACAAGACAUUUUAAUCGGUUUAUUAAGAUUGCGCAAGUGUACAGAUUCGUUUAGACCCGAGUUAAAAGGAAGAGUUUCAAUCAUACGAGAAUUACAUGUGUACGGUAGUGUAGUUCCUGUUCGAUCCAGAGAUCCAACCAAAUUUCAGCAUCAAGGAUUUGGUAUGCUAUUAAUGGAAGAAGCUGAAAGAAUAUCUUUAGAGGAACACAAGUCUACCAAAAUAGCUGUUAUUUCAGGUGUUGGUACUAGAAACUAUUAUAAAAAACUUGGAUACCACUUGGAUGGACCUUAUAUGUCAAAACAAUUAUAA